AUGCGCCCCAAGGCGCGCCGCCACGCCACGGGCCAGUGCAGCGUCGGCACGCCGCAGUGCUGCAACCAGGUCGUGCACGACCAGGCCAAGAAGGAUGUCUUCUCAGCGCUCGCCGGCAUCAAGGAGCUCACGGGCCCCAUUGCGCUCGACUGCUUCCAGCUGCCCGUCAACGUCAUUGGUGCUGCUCUCGCGGCGCAGAACACGUGCAAGUCGACGCCCAUGUGCUGCGAGAACGUGACGCAGAGCGGCCUCGUCAACUUUGGCUGCACCAACCUGCCGCUCAACUAA